AGCGCGAGCGCGACAUCAGCGCUAAAGACUGCAAAGCAUUCAGCUCCGAGAGCAGGCGAACAGUAUCCCAGUGGAGCAUCAGCCCAACUGUACAAUGCCCUUAGAGGAAGGAAAAGGGUGGAAAAAGAAGACAACUGACAUCAAGGAAAAUUAUGACUUCAAAGAAGUUCUGGGAACCGGGGCAUUCUCCGAGGUGGUGCUGGCUGAGGAGAAGAGCACUCAGCGCCUCGUUGCUGUCAAGUGCAUCCCCAAGAAAGCACUGGAGGGCAAAGAGAACAGUAUUGAGAAUGAGAUAGUUGUGCUACACAGGAUAAAACAUAAGAACAUUGUUUCACUGGAGGACAUAUUUGAGAGUCAGACACACCUGUACCUGGUCAUGCAAUUGGUAUCUGGUGGAGAGCUGUUUGACAGAAUUGUUGAGAAGGGUUUCUACACAGAGAGAGAUGCCAGUAAACUCAUUCAUCAGAUCUUAGAUGCAGUGAAAUAUCUGCAUGAUGUGGGCAUUGUGCACAGAGAUCUAAAGCCAGAGAACCUUCUGUAUUAUAGCAUGGAUGAAGACUCUAACAUCAUGAUAAGUGACUUUGGACUGUCAAAAAUCGAGGACUCUGGAACUGUGAUGUCAACUGCCUGUGGAACGCCUGGAUAUGUGGCUCCUGAGGUUCUGGCUCAGAAACCCUACAGCAAAGCAGUGGACUGCUGGUCCAUAGGGGUUAUUUCUUACAUUUUGUUAUGUGGAUAUCCACCAUUUUAUGAUGAAAAUGAUGCCAAGCUGUUUGAGCAAAUCCUGAAGGCUGAAUAUGAGUUUGAUUCUCCGUACUGGGACGAUAUAUCAGACUCAGCUAAAGAUUUCAUAUGCCACCUAAUGGAGAAAGAUCCAGAGCUAAGAUAUACUUGUGAGCAAGCCUUACAGCACCCAUGGAUCUCGGGAGACACUGCUCUUGAUAAGAACAUCCAUGAGUCCGUUAGCGCUCAGAUUAAAAAGAACUUUGCCAAGAGUAAAUGGAAGCAAGCCUUCAAUGCGACAGCCGUGGUGAGGCACAUGAGGAGGUUACAGCUGGGCACCAGCCUGGAGGGCUCGAGUCAAAUCACAACCACCAGCCCCUGUCACAGACAUCUGCUCCUCCCUGCUAAAGAGCACCACCUGGAAGAAGACGAGGUCAAUGAAGAGGAGGAGAAUGGUUCUCCGGAUAUUGAUGGGCGACGCAACAGUGCUGAUCAGGACAGUGUCAGAAGCUGUGCAUACUGCUGUAGACCAACCAGCAGGGUCUGAGACAGACUUACUAGCAUGCAGAACCUAGUGAAGGCCAGCAGAUCCCAUUACACACAUAUGCCUAUCACCACCAGUCUGGUACUGUACUGAACACAGAGCUUAAUUAAAAGUGUCCACCAGAGGGAGCUAGUGCAAUGAGGAAGACAGCAAGAGCGUUUUUGGGGGAGGACUGAAUAUGCUACCGAAGAGCUCCUUUAACUGUGUUUCCUUUAUAACUCCUUUAGUUUUUGUCUGUUUUAUAUUUUGUAUCCCAACCAAAGACAGUCAUAAUUGUGUUCUACUGAGACUGGAAAGAUUAUUCUCCAGGUAUAUUCUCUGAAAG